GAAAUAUUUUGUUUAUAAUAUUUUUAUUUUUAAACGAAGGUGCUUUUUAUGUGAUAGCCAUGUAUCUUCUGUUCGAUGAAUGAAAAUGGAUAACAAUACACAGGCAUGGAUUCAAGAGCAUAUUUGUCAUGAUCAUACCUUCUGGUUAGUUCUCACCGGAUCUGGAGGUUGUGGUAUGCUUAUUGGAAUGCUCAUCAUUGGUGCUGUAUGCUUCAGAUACCACAAGGGGGCACAAAAGAAUUCCACAGAAAACAACUCAGGAUCAUUUAAAGGAACAUACUAUUUUGAUGAAGGCCAGGAAUUGUCCAGAAAACCUACAGAAUUUAAUGCAACGUCUAAUUUUUAUAUACAUGACGUCACAGAUACAUCUUCCAGUUCACACUUGUACGAGAAUCAAAGACAUGGAAAGGUAGUGGAAUCAAAAUCAGAGGAGUCUGACGAUGAUCAGGUAGAUGACUACAUCAAGAUGACUCAACCAAAAAAGAGUGUUCGUAGAACAAACUCAAAACAAUCUAAUGUUCAACACAAAGCCGGUGAUACUGCCAUGUAUGUAGCAAUGCAGUAAAACUAUAGCUCAUUGCAGCAAAUGUAUAGAGUGACUUGAGCUUAAAUGUAAUGUAUCAUUGAACAAUUUAUACUCACUCUCAUAUCAGCUCUUUUUAUCUGUGGAUUAUUUAUUUCCGAUAUAUUUUUUUGUGAUUAUCACUAGACUCGACCAUAUAAAACACCUUUAAAAUGCAUUCUUUGCUUUGACUAUAUUUAAUGACGUGAAUUAAAGGUUCAUUAUACUUUUCAAUGAUAUUAGUGUACUAACAGCCACUCGAGGAUAACAUUGGGACAUAAUAGAAUAUUUUAUUUAGAUGUAGUUGAGAAAUUGAUUUAUUUUUGUUUAUCAUAUAACCAAACUGAUUGAAAUACAUUGUAUAUUGAUUGUUAAUACGUUGGAAGUAAAUGACAUGAAAUAUACCAGUUUGAAUGACGUGCCAUGUUGAAAAAUAAAAAAUUGAAUGAAA